AUUUCUCUGAAUUUCUUUUCCAGUCGUGUUUCGCCCUCGUUCUCAUCUGUGGAUCUGCUCGGUUUUUUGAACAGUCCUUACGAUCUGCCGAAUGAUUCUUGACUGAUUACUUUUUGGCCCUUCAAGCAUGCUGAACGAUUUAUACGCCUCGUGACCAUGACUCCAAGAUCUUCUCUUAAGCCUAGGUUACCGAAAGCCCAACUAAUCAUUCUUUCAGUAUGCCGUAUAGCUGAGCCCAUCGCUUUGACAAGCGUGUAUCCGUACUUGCCUGAGAUGAUAGAAAGCUUCGGUGUACAUCCCACCGACGUUGCAAAAUGGACGGGCAUUCUCAGCGCAAUCUUCAGUGUCAGUCAGUGCUUCACGGGCAUACCGUGGGGUAGUGCAUCAGACAAGUAUGGGCGCAAGCCGAUCAUAUUACUUGCGAUGACCUGUGCGAUGUCGUCAAGCCUUCUUUUUGGAUUUUCGACAAGCUUACGAUGGGCUAUUGUUGCCAGAGCUUUCUCCGGUGCGAGUAACGGCAACGUAGGUAUCUUGCGGACAACGGUAGCGGAGAUGGUCCCACAAAAGAGUUUACAACCCACGGCCUUUGCUGUUCUCCCACUAGUCUGGACCAUCGGAUCGAUUAUAGGACCGGUUCUAGGCGGUGCUCUUGCAUCCCCUGCCACAAACUUCCCAGAAUUGUUCGGCAACAGCCAUUUCUUCAAGAAGUUCCCAUUUGCGCUUCCUAAUCUCGUAAACGGAGUCAUCUUCACUUUCGGUCUCCUUGUCGGCGCUCUCUUUUUAAAAGAGUCUCUGGAAUCGAAAAAGUUUCGCCGUGAUUAUGGACGGAUGGUAGGCGAUUGGCUCACCAAAAGCUGUAGGGGUCGGCAGAAAGCUCUUCGGCCUGCUGACGACUUUGAAUCCAUGUUGCCAUCAAGCAAGUCGGGGAAGUCGGAUGAGCACAAGCCAGUAACGUAUUCUGAGCUCUUCCAUCGUCAGACAAAUAUGACUCUGUUGUCGUACAUGAUUCUGGCUCUUCAUGCAAUUGCCCAUGAUCAGUUGCUGCCGGUUAUGAUGCAUCUACCAAACAAGCAUGGCAAGGUACAACUCCCGUUCAAGUUCUCCGGUGGCCUCGGUCUCGAAUCUGGUCGAAUCGGCGUGCUUUUCACCAUCUACGGCUUCAUUGGAAUGAUCGGACAAUUCGCUAUAUUUCCCCCUGUGGCACGAAAAUACGGGGCGUUGUCCUGCAUGAGAGCGUGUACCCUUGCUAUGCCAUUCAUUUACCUGGUCACGCCAUACGUUGUCCUGCUGCCCACACCGUUCACGCAACAAGCUGCCAUCUUGUGCAUCAUGCUCUGCAAGUCCUUGACAAAUGUGUUUGCGUAUCCAUGUGUUGUCAUAUUGAUGACCAACUCGGCACGAUCACUAAGAAUUCUCGGUACGCUGAAUGGGGUAGCGACAUCUUUAGCGGCUGUGGGUCGUGCAAUCGGGCCGUUUGUCGCUGGAGCGGUAUUUACUUGGGGCGUUGAGUCGGGUUAUCUUGUUGCAUCCUUCUGGCUGCUUGCCAUUUUUGCGAUACCGGGCCACCUUGUGACGUGGUGGCUUAAGGAAGAAAAGAGGCUUCUGGACGAGGAAGAAGAGGAUACCAAGAGAACCGAUGAAGACAACAAUGACAUCGGUCUUGAAGGAACAGGAUUGGAUCCACAACACGGGGUCAACGUUGAUGCUGAUGUUGCUUCACUUGCGGACAGUGAUAAAGAUGAAGAAUCAGACGUAGAAGAUGUACCGCUCUUAAAUUCGAGAAAGAAAGAUUGGUCGAUAUAAAUGGCGAAGUGGCCCUAAGCAGAUAUGUUCUAAAAGAUCUCAAUAGAGCCGGAGUUCAUGGUGAGAGCACGAGCGCUUUCAAGGAUUUAACAGACAAGCAUUCACGGAGAUAUGAGGAUGAUUGAAAAGAGACACAUACAAAACACCCUUUUAGACUGGUGCAUAUUCAUGGAUAUCAACUUUUGAAACCAACUUGAGUCGCCCUCAAAUCGGUUCAAGAACUUGUUAUAGUUCACUGCCACAUGUUUUCUCCUGCUGAAUGCGUUGGAGUCUUAUCUUAGGGAGCUGAAAGUUUGCACAGGUCUGAGAGAUGACUCGAGGCUUUCUAGCUUUCAUUUUCAUUUCGAGAGUAUCUCGUGAGAUGUUUGCACACACGUGAUUUGUAUUUCAUGAGAACCAGCAGGGC